AAAAUAUGACACCAUAGUUAUAUUUGAGAUAAACAUGAUGACUGAAUGUUGAAAUUUGAAAAUGAUAUUUCUUUUCUUUAAGAAAUCCAUACCUUCCAUGAUACGGAUUAAAAUAAUUUACCUAAAAAUAUGACUAAACCUUAAUCUCUUUUCUUAUACAUCACAGAUUCACAAUUAUGAUUUCUUUCCUUAGAACGGUCAUUUAAUCAAAUACUAACUCAUAGGUAAUAGGUAAUAAAGGAAGUCGGCCAAUAGUAAACGGUUCCUCGGAGAGGCCAGGGAAAUUCAUGAACAAUUCGUCUUCCCGAGAGAGCAUUGCUUCCAUAAAAGACGAAGCAGCAUCUUCAAAAUGGUCUUCGUUUGACAAAGAAUUCCUGUCAUUUUUAGGAGGGCCCUCGUCAUCAUGAUUCUCUGCUGGCUCCUGUGGAGAGUCCCACUCAGAUUGCUGGACUGGCAAAAACGCAUCUUCAAGCAGAAAAUCGCACCAACUGAAACCCGAUGAUGAGAGUGAAGAAGACAUGGGAGCUUUGACCACCAAGUAAUUGUUAUUCGUGAUGGAUUUAAUGGCUUGGAGCUCGGCGAAAAGGUCGGUAUGACGGUGAUGGUGGUCACCGGAAUUUCUGGCCGACUGGAAAGGAUCGUCGUCGCAGAUAUCUUCCAGGAACACCAAUCAACACCCCAGCACCCCAAGGCGGACCCAAACACAUCAAAGGUCACCCUGGGCUCUGCAAGACUGCAAGACACGAGUGAGAACCAAACGUUGGUUUUCUUCUUCCAACCCCAUCGCUCGAGUAAUUACGGGCACCCUGCUGCCGGCGUCAGAACCUUUCCCCAUGGAAGUGUGGGAGCAGAGCACUGGGGAUUACCCAGAAGAGGGAACCCAGAGCACCCCAGCAAAUCAACACCAACACUAAACCCUAACCAACAAACGGAAAUUAUGACCCCCAAAACACAAAGCUUGCUUACACGUACACAACAUGGUAAUAGAAGCGCAGGAAUCUCCCCAACCCAACUCCCGUUCGUCUACCGCCGUUUGAUUCACCUAGGCCAACCGCUUCCAACUACCUCCCCAAGCAGCGAGCUCUAUGGCCUCGUUAGACUGACUUAGGCUUGGACAAUCAUUCGAAUGACAUGUUUCUGGUUGCUAUCCAAGGGUGAACAACUUCACUUUUCUGGUAUUCUUCAUCAUCGUUUUUUACACUGUUUGCAUUCAAGAAUUCUCAUUGGUGGAUAACAAGAAGACGUUAUUUGAGGAUGAUGAUGCUAUUCGCGG